GGCGCCAUGGUCCUCUACCGCAUCAGCGUCGUCACUGGGGCCUGGCUCUUCUCGGGAUCACUCAACCGCGUGGGGCUGUGGCUGGUUGGGGCGCACGGGGAGGCGAAGCUGGAACUGCAGCUGCGACCGGCGCGGGGAAAGGAGGAGGAGUUUGUCUUCGAUGUUCCCGAGGACCUGGGGCCGCUGCAGUUCGUGAAACUUCACAAACAGCACACAGUGGUGGACGACGCCUGGUUCUGCGAUCUCAUCACCGUGCAGGGCACUGAAACCAGUGCCGAAGCAGUUUUUCCCUGCUACCGCUGGGUGCAGGGAGGUGGGGUGCUGAGCCUGCCGGAGGGCACCGGUGAGCAGGCAGCGGCCCGCCUGGCAGGAGACAACACCUUGGAUGUCUUCCAGAAGCAUCGAGAGAAAGAACUGAAGGAAAGACGACAGAUCUAUCGCUGGGCUACCUGGAAGGAAGGCUUACCUCAGACAAUAGAUGCAGACUGUAAAGAUGAUCUACCUCCAAAUAUGAGAUUCCAUGAGGAGAAAAGGCUGGACUUUGAGUGGACACUGAAGGCAGGGGCUCUGGAGAUGGUCCUCAAACGUGUUUACACCCUCCUGAGCAGUUGGAAAUGCCUAGAAGACUUUGAUCAGAUCUUCUGGGGACAAAAGAGUGCCCUGGCUGAGAAGGUUCACCAGCGCUGGCAGGAUGAUGAGUUUUUUGGCUACCAGUUCCUCAAUGGCGCCAACCCUAUGCUAUUGAGACAGUCCACCUCUCUGCCCUCCAGACUGGUGCUGCCGUCAGGGAUGGAGGAACUUCAAGCACAGCUGAAGAAAGAACUCCAGAAUGGUUCACUGUUUGAAGCUGACUUUAUCCUGCUAGAUGGAAUUCCAGCCAAUGUGAUCCAAGGGGAGCAGCAGUACGUGGCUGCCCCUCUUGUCAUGCUGAAGCUAGACCCCAAUGGGAAGCUGCUACCCAUGGUUAUCCAGAUUCAGCCCCCCAAUCCCAGCUCCCCAGCUCCAACAUUGUUCCUGCCCUCAGAUCCUCCACUUGCCUGGCUCUUGGCUAAGAUGUGGGUCCGAAGUUCAGAUUUCCAGCUUCAAGAACUCCAAUUUCACCUGCUGAACACUCAUCUGGUGGCUGAGGUCAUUGCUGUCGCCACCAUGAGGUGCCUCCCAGGAUUGCACCCUAUCUUCAAGCUCCUAGUCCCCCACAUCCGUUAUACUAUGGAAAUCAACACCCGAGGCCGGACUCAACUCAUCUCAGAUGGAGGAAUAUUUGAUCAGGCAGUGAGCACAGGUGGAGGAGGCCAUGUUCAACUGCUCAGCAGGGCAAUGGCUCAACUGACCUACUGUUCCCUCUGUCCUCCUGAUGACCUGGCUGAUCGUGGCCUGCUACAACUCCCAAGUGCUUUGUAUGCCCAGGAUGCUUUAAGGCUCUGGGAAGUCACUGCCCGGUAUGUGGAGGGGAUCAUCCACCUCUUCUACCAGAGAGAUGACACUGUAAGGAGGGACCCAGAGCUGCAGGCCUGGUGUCACGAGAUCACUGAGGUGGGGCUGUGCCAGGCCCAGGACAGAGGUUUCCCUGUCUCCUUCCAGUCCCGGGCUCAACUCUGCCAUUUCCUUACCAUGUGUGUCUUCACAUGCACUGCCCAGCAUGCUGCCAUCAACCAGGGCCAGCUGGACUGGUAUGGCUGGGUACCUAAUGCCCCAUGCACAAUGCGGAUGCCCCCACCCAUUAAUAAGGAAGAUGUGACAAUGGCCACGGUGAUGGGCUCACUACCUGAUAUUCAGAAAUCCAGUCUUCAAAUGACCAUCACAUGGCAUCUGGGUCGCCGUCAGCCAGACAUGAUACCUCUAGGACAUCACAAAGAAAAAUAUUUCUCAGAUCCCAAGGCCAAAGCUGUACUAAGCCAAUUUCAGACAGAUUUGGAAAAUUUGGAAAAUGAGAUUACAGCCCGGAAUGAGCAACUUGACCUUCCAUAUGAAUACCUCAAGCCGAGUCGUGUAGAGAACAGUAUCACUAUCUGAGCCUGAAGAUGCACCACCUAGAAGAGUUCACAUCAGCUCCAGGACUGACAUUUCCAUCUUGAUUUCAUGUCUUCCUAAAUCUCUGCUACUAGACUGUAAUUCUUCCCCCAACUAAACACUCCAUACCAGUAUUCUACUACAGGGCACUAAUUUUCUUUUUUUCUCUAAAGAGUUAGGUAAUAUUUUAAUCUUUGGAGGCCACACAGUUUCUGCCACAAUUACUUAGCUCUCUCACUGCACUAUCAAGGCAGUCACAGAUAUUAUGAAUGUGAUGAUGUUCCAAAAAAACUUUAUCUGUGAACACUGAGGCAUAAACUUCACAUGUCACAAAAUAUUCUUUUGGCUUAUUCAAGAAUCUAAAAAUGAAAAAUAAAAGUACUUUGGUUGAGGGACAUGCAUGGGUCACAGGCUAGAUUUGGCCCUUAUAUAAUUCACAAGCCUCAGGCCUAAACCCCACUUCUGAAAGAGCCAUGACUAAGGAAAGAAAAUGGUAUUUCUGCAUGAAAUCAACAACUUCCGCUAACUCUCCUUUUCCCAGGAACCAGACCUCAAGCAUGAUGGCCAGUUUGUAUAUUCCUGCCUCUUCCUUUACAAUUUUCCUUCCACCCCAUUCCUCCUAUUCAAAAGUGUGCCCCAAAUAUUCCUGAAUAAGGAUGGGGUUCCUAGCCUCAAAUAAAAACCUUUUCCCCAAAAGAGCUUUGUUCUCCCAAAGUCCCAAACUAAAGUUAGAGGAAAUUCUUGCUUAAAGUCAAUUUCUAGUCAGGUGUGACAACACCUUUAAUCCCAGCCAGCACUCACUCAGAAGGCAGAGGCAGGCAGAUCUCUUGCGUUUGAGACCAGCCUGGUCUACAUGGUAAGUUCCAGGCUAGUCAUGGCUAUACAUAGUAAGACAUUGGCUUAAAAAAAAAAAAGAAAAAACCUUUUCAGCCUGUUUAAUACCCAGUGAUCACUAAGAGUUUCCCGAGUUCCAAGUUCUCUUUCACAACCCUUCUGAAAACAAUAUGAACAAAAUAUACGGAACAAUGCCACACAAUUAUUCUAGUCCAUGACAGUGUUUGUUUGGUUCCAGGGUCUUGUGACAAUGGCCUUGUCUUUAUUAGGAUGGAUAAAAGAAGAUCAGUGUAGGGCUGGAGAGAUGAUUCAUCAGUUAAGAGCACUGACUGCUUUUCCAGAGGACCUAGGUUUGGUUCCCAGCACCCACUCAGUGGCUAACA